GGGGGGCGGUUCCGGUGGGACCGGAUGCGCCGCAGCGCCGUCCCCACGUGUGGCCGCGGGAGCGGACGGAGGCGGCCGAGAUGUCGGUGUCGGUGGCCGCGAGCAACCUGCCCAUGCGGCUGCUGCGCAGGAAGAUCCACAAGCGCAACCUGAAGCUGCGGCAGCGCAACCUGAAGCUGCGGGAGGCCGAGGGGGCAGGCGAGGCGGCAUCGCGGGGCUCCCCGGAGGAGGCGGCGGAGGAGGAGGCGGCCCCCGAGGUGGAGGCGGCGGCGGCCGGAGCGGUCGCGAAGGGUGCGGAGGGAGCCGGGCCCCGCGGCGGGGAGGAGAAGAAGAGGAAGAAGAAGAAGAAGAGAAGAGCGGCGGCAGAGGCGGAAGAUGAUACAAAAACUAAAAAAGCAAAAUGCGAAGAAGAUGAAUCUGUGGAGGUAGAAGAUGAAGACAAGCAGGAUUCUGGAGAGAAACAAGUGGAAGAGGAGGAGGGGGAGGAAGAUGAAGUGCCCAGUUUACCACUAGGUGUAACAGGUGCUUUUGAAGACAAUUCCUUUACUUCCCUGGCUGGUCUUGUCAGUGAGAACACACUGAAAGGCAUAAAUGACAUGGGGUUUACACACAUGACUGAAAUUCAGCAUAAAAGUAUUAAGCCACUUCUGGAAGGCAGGGAUAUUUUAGCAGCUGCAAAAACAGGCAGUGGCAAAACACUUGCGUUUCUUAUUCCUGCAGUAGAGCUCAUCUACAAGUUAAAAUUCAUGCCUAGAAAUGGAACAGGUGUUAUUAUUCUUUCUCCUACUCGAGAGCUUGCUAUGCAAACCUACGGAGUUCUUAAAGAGCUUAUGAAUCAUCACGUUCACACCUAUGGUCUGAUAAUGGGGGGCAGUAACAGAUCAGCAGAAGCACAGAAACUUGGAAAUGGAAUCAAUGUCAUUGUAGCAACACCAGGAAGACUUCUGGAUCAUAUGCAGAACACUCCAGGUUUCAUGUACAAGAACUUGCAGUGUUUGGUAAUUGAUGAGGCGGAUCGGAUCUUGGAGGUUGGAUUUGAAGAAGAAAUGAAACAGAUCAUAAAACUUCUACCAAAGCGCAGACAGACGAUGCUUUUUUCUGCAACACAAACCAGAAAGGUUGAAGAUCUGGCAAAGAUCUCCCUGAAGAAGGAGCCGCUGUAUGUUGGGGUUGAUGACAACAAGGAGACAGCAACAGUAGAUGGUCUUGAACAGGGAUAUGUAGUGUGUCCUUCUGAAAAAAGAUUCCUUUUGCUCUUCACAUUCCUCAAGAAGAACCGGAAGAAGAAACUAAUGGUAUUCUUUUCUUCAUGUAUGUCAGUGAAGUACCACUAUGAGUUACUCAACUACAUUGAUCUGCCUGUUUUGGCCAUUCAUGGCAAGCAGAAACAAACCAAACGUACUACAACAUUUUUCCAGUUCUGUAAUGCAGAAUCUGGAAUACUGUUGUGCACCGAUGUCGCUGCCAGAGGACUGGAUAUUCCUGAAGUUGACUGGAUUGUCCAGUAUGACCCUCCAGAUGAUCCAAAAGAAUAUAUUCAUCGGGUUGGUAGAACUGCCAGAGGCAUAAAUGGUAGAGGACACGCUCUGCUCAUUUUACGACCAGAAGAACUGGGCUUUCUUCGUUACCUAAAGCAAGCCAGGGUACCACUAAGUGAAUUUGAAUUUUCUUGGCCAAGAAUUUCAGACAUCCAGUCUCAGCUGGAGAAACUGAUUGAGAAGAACUACUUCCUUCACAAGUCAGCCCAGGAAGCGUACAAAGCUUACAUCAGAGCUUAUGACUCCCAUUCGCUGAAGCAGAUCUAUGAUGUCAAUAACUUGGAUCUUCCCAAAGUCAGCCUUUCAUUUGGCUUUAAAGUUCCUCCAUUUGUCGACCUCAAUGUGCACAGCAACCACGGCAGAAGACUACAGAAAAGAGGUGGAGGUGGAGGAUUUGGUUACCAGAAAUCGAAGAACGUUCACAAAGCUAAAAUUUUCAAACACAUUAGCAAGAAAUCAGACAAACGGCAGUUUUCUCGUUAAUUGUACAUUCAUUAAAAUGCCUUUUAGCAUUGGAAUAGACUUCAGUUCAGGAAGACUCUUUGGAAGGGAGACUAAAGAUAGGGAGAAUAUGGCCUGCUAAUUUUGCUAUACUUAUUGUAAGGAAGAAGAUGGUUGAAUGUAAUUAUCUGAAGUCAAUGCUACAGAGUUUUUUAUUAAAGAAAGAAAAAGUACUUCUAGGAUUUAUAGAAGAAUUUGCUUUAUGUUUACCCUUUUUUCUGUGCACAUCUCUGAAAUUUUUUUGAAUAAAUGCAAGGAAAGAUGAUAGUGUGAGAUUAAAAAAAUAUUUUGCUCACAUAGAUCAUUGCAAGGGUUUUUAGUGCUACAGAACUCUGCUUCGUCCAUCAAACAUGCUGAAGAAUAUAGCAAGAUUCCUUUAGAACAGAAUAUACGUAUGAAUAAAGGCUGUAUGAACUUGU